GGCCGACGUACCAGAAAUUUUGAGAGGAGAGACGAGGAAAUAAUGGUAAAAACAGAGGAAAAAAAGGGAGAAUUACCUGGAAAUAUAGAUAAAAACCAUGUAAAUAAGGAGUUCUUGAAGGGAUCAGAUGAGAGAUCAGAGUCAGUAGAAAGCCAGGAGAAUAAGGAAGAAAUAGGAAGAAAUAUUAAGGACCGUAUGGAACAGCUUAUAAGAUUAAGAAAACGUAUGCGUCUUUCGGCGGAAGCGAACCGAAAGGAUUUAUUUAGUGAAUAUCAGCGUUUAAAAGAGGAUCCAAAGUUAGCUAGGAAAAUAGAGCUUAAAAGACAAGAUGCAGAGAAGAAAUUAGAUAAACAGGAGUCUAUAGAGAGAGGAGAGGAUUAUGAGCGAAAACGGGCAUGGGAUUGGACAAUUGAGGAAUCAGAACGAUGGGAUCAACGAAUGAAAGAGAAACAAGAAGCACGGGAUAAAUCGUUAUUUGCAGAUUAUACACAAGCGGCUCAACAUAGUUAUGAAAAAUUGAUGCGUAAGUUUAAACCGGAUUUAGAAGGGUAUGAGAAGGAAAGAGCAAAAGUGAUGGCGAAUAAAGAGAUGUUGAAUGAAAAUGAUAUGGAGGUUGGGAAUACAUAUGAAUCAUUUUAUAGGGAUGCGAAUUUUCUUGGGUUUGCAAAUAAUAAACCGAGUAAAAAAGCGAUUGAUCGACUUAUUGAGGAUCUUAAUAAACAGGAGGAAAUGAGGAAUAAAUCAAGAAAAAGAAUUGAUCCGGAUGAUGAGGAUGUUAGCUAUAUAAAUGAAAGGAAUGCGAAUUUCAAUAGGAAAAUCUCAAGGUUUUAUGAUAAAUAUACAAGAGAGAUUCGAGAAAGUCUUGAAAGAGGUACAGCAGUCUGAAACAUGUAUAUUAUUUUGGUUUCAGUUGCUGAAUUUUUGAUUAAAA